GUUUUGAUAGUUUGACCUUACCGGGCCACCGUAGUUACGUACGAAGUAGCAGGCGCGUACAUUUCGGUGUUGUCCAUGAAUGCUAAGCUAAUACCAACAGUCGUUUUGUUUAUUUAAAGUGGGUGAGACUGUUUCUGUUUCAAUGGAGAGUAUAAAUGCUAAGUACGUGUCCCAGAAAAUCAGUAAAACCAGGUGGCGACCAGUAUCGCAUUCGUCUUUGCAGCAACCAGAUAUCUUUGCGACUGGCUCGUGGGAUAACGAGGACAACAAGAUUUCCUUUUGGUCCAUUGGGAAUCAUGGAAGUUCUGGCAUGGACGAUGGAUUUGAAGGAGACCCACAGCUUUUAUGUGAACACAAGCAUGAUGGAGAUGUCCUGGACCUUCAAUUUUUGGAUCAAGACAGAAUUGUCACAGUAUCGUCAACUGGAGCAGUCACCAUCUUCCGUCACCACCAAAACAGUCAGACGAUAUCAGUUUCUCAGCGCUGGGCGAGAGCACAUCGUUACCCUUGUGACAACGCUCCCUGUACUGGUGUUGUGUGCAGCAGUCCUGAGAUCGUCACGGUCGGUGAAGAUGGCAGGAUCAUCGUUUUCAGAGCCGACCAGGAGGGAGUGAUUCGAGUCAUAGAGAAUGCGGACAGCAGCACGAUUCAUGCUGUGACUUACCUGAGGACAACAGAGAUUUUGACAGUGAACUCUAUCGGCCAACUCAAGCUGUGGGAUUUCAGACAACAGAGCAACUCGCCAUCCCAGAUUCUCUCCCUGUCAGGGGAUAGAGUCCCGCUGCACUGCGUGGACAGACAUCCUAACCAACAGCACAUUGUGGCCACAGGAGGGCAGGACGGCAUGCUCUGUGUCUGGGAUGUGAGACAAGGCAACACACCCUUCUCACUCAUGGAGGCACACUCUGCUGAAAUGUGGGAGGUCCACUUCCACCCAACCAACCCAGAUCAUCUGUUCACAUGCUCAGAGGACGGUUCACUGCUGCACUGGGAGACAUCCUCACAUUCAGACAUGCCCUCCUUCUUACAAGGUGGCAGGAACAAUAGCAUGAUAUCUCGCAGUGCGAUGGCCCCGGCUGGAGGGAACCAGUCCCUCAUCAGCGCCUGGCUCAGCGGAGACUCCAGUAAAGGCCGUCUGGAGACGACUCACAUGCUGCCCAGCCAGACGCUGUCCGUCAACAGUUUGGAUGUACUUGGACAAUGUCUUGUCUGUGGGACUGACGGAGAGGCUAUUUUUGUCAACAGACAGGUCCCAGUUUAAAAGAGAUGUUGGUGCACAGGACAAGAUAUGGAUGAAGAUCUGUUUGUUUGCUGUCAAUUUCAGUCACAACAGAGGUUUUAUUGUCUCCUUUGAUCAUAAAGGGUGCCAAAAAUACUUUAUGUUCAAAAGUAUGCUUGUGACAUUUUGGCUUUACGUGUGUAUUUGCAGUUGCAUGGAUCAAGGUUUUUUUAGAUCAUUGCAAGCAGAGUAAUUCAACUCAACAGUACUUUUGUAUGGAUGUCAUUUAAAACAGUUUUGAAAUAAAUAAAUAAAAGGCCUUUACACAAUG